UAAAUGAUUAUCUUCCUUAGUUUAAUUACUAACGGGAUUCUCAUUUCAUUCCAAACCCCAGCAUCAGCAACUUUCACAGCGCCUCCUAAAACCCUACUCCACUCUCUAGUCAGUAUACACACAAACGGCCAAGCACCACUGAUCCGGCAAAAACCCUAACAAAUGUCUUCUUCCAUUUCCCUGCGCCUCGCGCGCCAAUUGUCAACCUCAGCCGCCACUGCUACCGCUGCUGCUUCGUCAACCUCCGGCGCAUCCAUCUCUAUCUCCAAAGCAAAAUCGAAGCUGAAAUCCGAGCACGAUCCAGACAAAGCCCUAAAAAUUUACUCUUCCGUUUCUGACCAUUACACUUCCCCUUUAUCCUCUCGUUAUGCUCAGGAAUACACAGUUAAACGCCUCGCCAAAUCCCACCGUUUCUCGGACAUCGAAGUAUUCCUCGAGUCGCACAAAAAUGACAAGAAAAUCACCGAAGAGCCCUUCCUUUCCUCGAUCAUCCGUUCCUAUGGAAUUGCCGGAAUGUUUGAUCAUGCGCUUAAAACUUAUCAUCAAAUGGACGAUUUAGGCACCCCCAGAUCAGUUGUUUCGUUUAACGUGCUUCUUUCGGCUUGUGUUAACUCGAAACUAUAUGAUCGUGUCCCCCAUCUGUUCGAUGAAAUACCAAAGAAGAACGGAUUUUUACCGGACAAAGUUUCAUAUGGUGUAUUGAUUAGGUCAUUUUGUGAAAUGGGGAAAACUGAGCUGGCAAUGGAGAGACUUAAGGAGAUGGAAGAGAAAGGUGUGGAGGUUACGGUGGUUAUUUACACGACAAUACUGCAUUCCUUGUAUAAGGGCGGGAAGAGCGAUGAGGCUGAGAGGAUUUGGAAUGAAAUGGUGAAGAGAGGUUGUGGACCGGAUGUUGGUGCUUAUAAUGUUAAGAUUAUGAACAUUCAGGGUGGUGAACCUGAGGGAGUGAAAGGAUUAAUUGAGGAAAUGAGCAAUGCAGGUUUAAAGCCCGAUACAAUUAGUUACAAUUACUUGAUGUCUUGUUACUGUCGGAAUGGGAUGAUGGAUGAGGCUGAGAAGGUUUAUGAGGAUUUGGAGACAAAUGGGUGCAAUCCAAAUGCUUCAACUUUUAGGACUUUGAUAUUCUAUUUGUGUAGGAGUGAGCGGUUCGAGGCAGGGUAUAGAGUGUUCAGGGAGAGUGUGACAGCAAACAAGAUUCCGGAUGUCAAUACACUCAAGUAUUUGGUGCAUGGUUUGGUGAACAGUUCAAAGGUGAAAGAUGCAAAAGAGAUGAUUAGGACAAUGAAGAAGAAGUUCCCUCCUAAUGUGGUGAAAGUCUGGAUCAAGUUAGAGCACGAGCUCGGUUUAGCUAAAGCUGAAGACAGUGAUAACAAGAGAUCCUGAAUUCUGAAACGCGAAAUCCCUCCGGUUUUGGUUUCAUCAGCUAUGACGUCUUUGAGGCAUGCAGCAAAGCCAUCCUUUAAUGUGGUAACUUCCUCCCCUCUUUAAGUACCUUAUUGAGAGACACAACAUUCCAACUUAAAGUUUCAGAUGUAUGGAUUAGCUUUUCCUGGUUUGGAGAUUGUGCUAUGUUUGUGAGCCUUUUGUUUUAUUUGAAUUUGAUUUAGUUUCUUUUUUUUGGAUGACAGUGGUGCUUUAAGGCAUCUAAUGCAGCAAAGCCUUCCUUUAAAGUGGUAAACCCCCACACACACCACCACCACCGCCACCACAAACCCCAACCCCCAAAUGCCAACCUUAACUUAUUUAAAUUUGAAUAGUCACAAUAAAAUUCAGAUGUAAGGAUUAGCUACUUUAGCUUGCAGACCGUGCUAUCUUGUAACUCUUUUUCUUUUUUGAAUUAGGUUAUCAUUCUGAUGUGCUUUUUAAAGCCCAUCGAAUUGCUAGUAAAUCAUGAUGAGUUUGGAUUGAACAUUCAUACAAUGAGCUACUUGCAUGAUUUUAAGUUUAUUACCUAGAAGUGGAGUAUUUCAGAAUUAUCUAUGUUGUUG